AUGUUGAGCCAACUGAAGAAUGCAGUGCAGGGCAGCUUGAUUAUUCAAGUUGUACUUGCAUUUGGCGGAAUUUACUUAUUAUUCAGUUUUGCUAAAUGGCUAGCAUUAACUUCCCGACGCUUCUCGAUCAUCAAGACCCAUGGAUGUAAACCGCCAAAGAGUUACCCUCACAAAGACCCAAUUUUCGGGUUGGAUCUCUUCUUUCGAAACGUCAAGUUCUCUCAAGAGGGAGGAUUAUUAGAGGAAAUUCGACAGAGAUAUAAACGAGUCGGAGGCCACACCUUCUCACAGCUCAUGCUAGGAAGGAGAUUGAUUCAAACCAUCGAGCCAGAAAACGUCAAAGCAGUUUUGGCAACACAAUUCAAGGAUUUCGGACUGCCAGAAACCCGUAUAGGAGCUUUCGAACCCAUCUUCGGUCAUGGAAUUUUCACCACAAACGGUCCCGAGUGGGAAGCAUCUAGAGCACUCCUGCGACCAAGCUUCACGAGAAGUCAAGUUGGCGAUAUUGCGACAUUCGAGGUCCAUAUAAAGAAACUCUUGGCAAGAAUACCUCGUGACGGAUCUACUGUCGAUUUACAAGAUUUGUUUUUCGAGCUGACCCUGGAUUCCGCCACGGAUUUCCUGUUUGGGCAAAGUACAAAUGUGCUCGACAAAUCGGAUCCCAACAGUCAGAGAGGAGAGGAAUUUGGUGAAGCUUUUGGUGCUGUUACUGCGAGAGCUGGAAUUGUCGGUCGUGCCGGCGUUCUUGCAAAGUUCCUCCCAUAUACAAAAGGUCGAACAUUUGACGGCGACAAGAAGUUCGUCCAUCAAUAUGUUCAAGGAUAUGUCCAGAAAGCGGUCAAGCUCUACCAAGAAAGCCUCAAGCAAGGAAAAUUGGAAGUCGAAACCAAUGACAAAUAUGUCUUCCUCGAACAGCUCGCCAAAACUGGAUAUCCUGAGAAGAAGAUCCAAGACGAACUACUCAAUAUUUUGUUAGCUGGUCGAGAUACCACUGCAGGGUUACUCAGUUAUCUCUUUUAUCAUCUUGCUCGAGAGCCGAGAAUCUGGGAGAAAUUGAGAGCGGAGGUGUUAAGUCUAGGAGACGAGACUCCUUCUUUUGAGCAGAUUAAGUCAUUGAAAUAUAUGCAAUGGGUUUUGAACGAAGCUCUUCGUCUACAUCCUAUCGUUCCUGUAAAUGCACGGGUCGCUGUUCGAGAUACCACAAUUCCAGUCGGAGGUGGAUCAGAUGAGAAAUCUCCAGUAUUCGUUAAAAAGGGACAAAUUGUGGUUUACUCUGUCUACGGGAUGCAGAGACGAGAAGAUCUGUUCGGUGAAAAUGCACCUGAAUUUAUUCCAGAACGUUGGGAAUCGCUUCGACCUGGAUGGCACUACCUCCCAUUCAAUGGCGGACCCAGGAUCUGCAUUGGUCAACAAUUUGCGUUGACAGAAGCAUCCUACUGUGUUGUCCGUAUACUACAAACCUUCAAAGCCAUCGAAAAGCGCGACGAUUCGAUCCUGACCGAAUUGAUGACUGCCACAUCAAUGGUCCGACCAGGAACGAAGGUUGGAUUGAUUCCUGUUUGA